CAGAAGACCCCGAAUUCAGCUCAAGAGCGCUCCAGGAGAGUCCGCAGCCAUUUUGGUUAAACCCUCAGUGCCCAUGUCGGCUCAAGCAGUCGCUCUGAUCGGCCCUGGUGGCCGUCCUCGCCGUUCCACCCUUGCCGCAGCUCAGGAAGGGGUCCAAGGAGAUCGGCACCAGCAUGCCGACGCCCGGGAAUGGCACCAGGCUCCCAGAGUUGGCAGCAACGGCAGUGACAUGCCAACCAUCCACGCCGGCAGGGUGUGUCGAAGACAGGAAUGUUAGUUUUACCGAGGAGGUGCUCCAGCUCUUGCGACAGAUCGCCAGCACGCAGGCGGAGCACCAGCACCAGGUGCUCAAGAGGCUGGACCAGCUCGGACGCUCGAACGUCGGCCCCGCUGCCAUCACGAAGUACACCCAGGCGCCUGCGGCCCCGUCCCCGAGAUCGGUGAGGCUGCUUUCACCAUCGGAGCACGGUCCGCCAUUGGAGCCGGGUCCCUCUGUCAACUCGGAGGUCCCCCGGGUCAGCGAGUUGCCGUUAGAGGUGACCACCUGCCCUCGAGGGGAGUGCGAACCCCCCGCUUCCAACCCCAGCAGCCAGCAGCAUCGUACCCGUGCGGGACCAAGGUCUAGUGGCAUGCUCAAGGCGUCCAAGACGAAGCGCUUUUCACUCCUCGACCACAAAAACGUAGUUCUGGAGAGGCUUGGUGCACAGGAAUGCGAAUCCGACGAGUGGGAUGACGGAAUCGCUCGGCAACUUGCUAUCAAUCGGCACAUGAACAAGCUUCACGGCAGCGUUGGUGGUACUGGUGCUUGGGUGCGUGGGUGUUGUUUCGCUCUGCUGGCACACCCGAAGUUCGACAUCAGCAUGGGCACGGUGAUCGUGCUCAAUGCGAUGAUGAUUGCCGUUGAGCUCACAGUCACUCCGACGGAGGAGGAUGAAACUCCAGCGUCGCGGCUGGCGUUCGGGAUCGCGGAGAAUGUGUUUCUCAGCAUCUACUUGUUGGAGCUCAUUUUUCGCAUUGUUGCUUGUGGUCGAGAGUGUUUGCGGAACUCGUGGGUGAGGUUCGAUUUGGCCCUUGUAUGUGUUGGUGUUCUUGGGUCGUGGAUUGUGCCCAUCAUCAUACUGAUUGCCGGGGACGCCAUUGAGAAGCUAGUGCCGAGCGCGAUGUUCCUUCGUAUCUUCCGCUUGGCACGUCUCGCCCGGGCGCUCCGCCUAUUUGUGCAGUUUCGCACCCUUUGGAUGCUAAUAUCCGGGCUCUUCUCGUCGCUGCCCACGAUCAUGAACGUAUUCUUUGUCCUCCUACUGGCCCUUUUCGUGUUCGCGUGUCUGGGCGUGGAGGUGAUGGCAAGCAUCAGCGGGGCGGCGUCCCAAGAGAUGGUGGACAACUAUUUUGCCACGCUGCCUAUGAUCAUGCUGACGCUCGUGCAGUUUGUGACCAUGGACAGUGUGGCGACCAUAUACACGCCGAUGAUCAGGGAAAACGUCUGGCUCAUGUUCUUCUUUCUGCCCUUCCUCCUGGUGGUGUCCGUCAUCCUCAUGAACCUGGUGACCGCCGUGGUCAUCGAGGUGUUCUUGGACCACGCAAAGCGCGACCAGGAAACGCGCAAGAUGUAUAACGAGCAGCGCAUGUCGGCACUGGUGCCGCAACUGAGGAAAAUGUUCGAGGAGUUGGAUCUGGAUGACAGUGGCUGUGUCACCCUUGAGGAGUUGAAUGCUGCUCCCGAGGAUGUUCAGAGCGAAUUGGAGAGGCUACUCAAUGUGGACUCUCUCUAUGAUCUCUUCGAAGCUCUGGACGUGGAUGGCUCAAUGGAGGUGACAAUAGAGGAGUUCCUGGACGGAAUGACGCGGCUGACGUGCAACAACCAGUCCCUGGAGAUCACACGCGUCAUCAAGCUGCAGGCGCUGAUCAGACAGGACCUUGCCGAGCUGAAGCACAUCUGCCAGGGGAGGCACGGAUUGCCCGCGCUCGGAGACGUCUUGAUCACGGCCAGCAGCGCGCACCAGGUCCCUGCCACGGCCAGAAGUACGCAGCGGGGAGCCCCGAGCACAGCCAGAAGCUCGGUGCAGAUGAGCAUCCCGGCCGAGUGGGCGUGACUUGAGUUGGACCCGAUUACUCCCCCAUAGCAGCUUUGUCUCCGACGCGAGCCUCAGCAGUUCAGAGAGGAGCGCACCGAGUGCCCGCGCUUGAAGAGUUUGCGCAGCGCCUGCUGCCGAAGUGGAGGAGCCAGGCCACGAGCGGCCGGCGCCACCGCAACAUGUUGCCAUCUGACUUGGCUGAGGUCCCACCGUAGCCUUUGCUCUGUGCGUUUUCUCUGCUCGGCUUCCCCUCGUACGUCGUACGAAGGAGGAACCGAUAUCGAUAACCUGGGCAGCGCCAUCUGCCGAAACAACUGAGCCAGGCCACGAUCGGCCACCGUGACUGUGACGUUUCGCCACCUGAGAACAUGCGUUGGCUGAGGUCCCCCACCGGGACCAGCCGACCGGUCAGGAGAUCGAUUGCGGGAGGGAG